UACCGACUUAACUUACCCCAUGUCAUAUUAAUCAUAACCUCAACAAUGUUUAUAAAAACAUUAUUUUUAAGAAAAAUACCCGAUUUUUUAAUAAUAACCACACGGAAAUGCACAACAAAUCAAAAUCUACAACCGGAAGAAGCAACACAAAGAAUUUUAAAAGUUGCUAUUAUCGGGAUGCCAAACGCCGGAAAAAGUACUUUUAUAAACAAUUUAGUUGAAAGGAGGGUGUGUCCAACCUCAUCGAAAGUCCACACAACAAAAAAUAGAGCCAGUGCUAUUUUCACAGAAGGAGAUGCUCAAAUCGUGUUUAUGGAUACACCAGGAUUAAUUAAUGAUAGGGAAAUGAAAAAGUUUAACUUACCUUAUUCAUAUAUGUUCGAUUCAAGGACCACAAUGGAUAAAGCUGAUAUAAUCGGGGUGAUUCACGACGUUGGAAAUCCUUAUACUAGGGAGAAAUUAGAUAUAAAAAUUAUUAAAUCGUUACACAAGCAUAAAAAGCAGCCUAGUUUUUUAGUUUUAAAUAAAAUAGAUCUAUUAAAAUCGAAAAGGAAACUAUUAGAUGUAAUUAGAUUAGUAACGGAAGGUGCUUUAAGAGGCAAAAAAAUGCUCCAAGAAAAUCUUGAAGAUAAUUCAGAAAAAGAAGAAAUUAAAAAUGAAAGCGAUCACAAAGGAUGGAGAUUUUUUACAGAAAUUUUUAUGGUUUCAUCUCUAACAGGUGAUGGUUUGUCGGAUAUCAAAAACUUUUUAUCAUUACAAGCAAAACCAGGCAAAUGGUUAUUCCCAGAGGAAGAAUUUACAGAUCAACCACCAGAAACAAUAAUAAUAAACACCGUAAAAGCAACACUUUUAAACUUUUUACCCCAAGAAAUGCCGUAUUUACUGAAAGUGGAGUUAGAACACUUCGAAAUGAACCCAGAUGGUGUUAUAAUUUGCACCGUUUUAGUGAGAUGUAAAACGGAUAGGAUAGUAAAAUAUGUUACAGGAGAACAAGAUGGAAAAGUACGGCAAAUAACUAGAAGCGUGCAAGAAAAUUUACAAAAUACAUUUCGAAACUUCGUCCGAAUUAACAUCGUAGUACAAAAAGAAUAAAUUAAUCACAAAUUAUAGGUGAAAAUUUAUAAUUAUAGGUUAUGGUGCCCUACUUUACCGACUUACCCCAUGUCAUAUUAACAAUCAUAACCUAAAAAAUGUUAAUUAAAUAGUUUUUUUAAGAAAAA